UUAGUUGCUUAGGCAAUUUUGGAGAGGAAGAGCAACUAAUUAAUUAUAAAAUGGAAAAGGCAGUCCACUCAUCAACAACGUCUGGACCGGAGGUUCCAGGGGAGGCAACGAAAACCGGUACCUCCAUGAUCGACACCGCCACCUCCGCCGUCCAAAGUUUUGCUCCGGUUAACCAAAUCCACCAACAUCUCUGUGCGUUCCACUUUUAUGCUGACGACAUGACGAGACAAGUAGAGGCUCACCAUUUCUGCAGUCACGUGAACGAAGAGAUGCGUCAGUGUCUGAUCUACGACGGUCCGGAUGCAAACGCUCGUCUGAUCGGAUUGGAGUACAUAGUAACAGAGAAGCUGUUCAUGACUUUGCCUGACGAAGAGAAGAAGCUUUGGCACACUCACGAGUGGGAAGUGAAAGGAGGGUUCUUGUUCAUGCCUGGUGUUCCUGGUCCCAUUCAGCGUCAAGAUCUUGACAAAGUCGCUAAGACUUAUGGCAAAGUUUUCCAUUUUUGGCAAGUUGAUUUGGGCCAUGAGCUUCCCAUUGGUUUGCCUAGUGUCAUGAUGGCCGUUACCCGCGAUGGCCAGCUUUUCCACGAGAUGAUUCAGGAGACAGAGAAGCGGUUUGGAGUAUCGAUAGAGGGAGAGAAGGAGGCAAGGGCGUAUAUGACGGGUCCUGAGCUCGGGAUCCAUCCAUUGGCCAAUGGAGGAGGCCAAGGGCUAAAGCUAGAGCUGCGAGAGGUCGAUAUCAAACCGGUUGAACCGGUCGCCACGGUCUUUGUCUGAGUUUACUUUAGAGACCGUUGAAGUCAAAAUAAUGCCGCAAAUCAACCAACGUAUGUUCUGGUUAACACAAAACAGAACUAGAAAACUAGAC